AGGAUAUAAUAUAAUAUGAUAUGAUUUUCCCCUUUGCUUCAAGGAUGUUGCUUCAUUCAUUAAUUGGGUUCUCUAUAAGAAAAAGUAUGGAGUCAUGAAAGUCUUUUUUAUUUCUUUUAGUUGUGAUGUAUUCACAUGUUUAUCUUUCGUGCCAAAGUGGUGGUGAUUGUUGGUGAUGGUUGAUCAAAUACUGAAUAUUGAAAAGAAAAGUGGUGGACUUGUGUAAGCAAAUUCCAUUGCGAGAAGUAGCUGUUCUCAGGAAUGAUGCCCCUUUUGAUGUUAUUUUCUGGCAUAAGGAAUGCUUUCUCAAGUGAUGAAUUAGGCUUGGAAAUACUGAAUAUUGCACUCCCUACUACUCUGGCUUUGGCAGCAGAUCCUAUUGCUUCUCUAAUUGAUACUGCAUUCAUUGGCCACAUAGGUCCUGUAGAGCUAGCUGCUGUGGGAGUCUCAAUUGCUAUUUUCAAUCAAAUCUCAAAAAUUACAAUAAUUCCACUAGUCAGUGUCACAACCUCUUUGGUUGCCGAGGAAGAUGCUGCUGAUGAACAAAAUCAACAGUCAGAAAAAGAAAUGCUGAUGAAGGUCUCUAAUGAGGAUGUAAAAUUGGAUGUACAUGACCAUAUAGAGAAAGCUGGUAACCCUUCAUCAGCAAAUGUUGGUAGAGUAGCUAAACUUAAACAUGACAAAAGCUAUAUUCCAUCAGCAUCAUCAGGAGUAGUUAUCGGUGGUGUGCUUGGGGUCCUACAAGCUCUCUUUCUCAUUUUUACAGCUAAACCAAUGUUGAGUUACAUGGGCGUUGAUUCGAAUUCUCCUAUGUUUAAACCAGCACAACAAUACUUGACAUUGAGGUCAUUUGGUGCACCAGCAGUUAUUAUUUCUAUGGCAAUUCAAGGAGUUUUUCGUGGAAUCAAAGAUACAAAAACUCCUUUAUAUGCUACAGUAAUGGGAGAUGUAACAAAUAUUAUUUUAGAUCCGUUACUUAUGUUCGUACUGCGUUUGGGAGUCAAUGGGGCAGCCAUUUCCCACAUUAUCUCCCAGUACUUGAUUUCCAUAAUGCUACUGUGGAGUUUAAUGCAACAAGUUGUUCUUAUUCCUCCAAGUAUCCAAGACUUUCAAUUUGGGAAGAUUCUUAAAAAUGGGUUUCUAUUAUUGAUUAAAGUUGCAUCUGUGACUUUCUGUGUGACCUUGUCAGCAUCCCUAGCAGCAAGGAAAGGAUCAACAACAAUGGCUGCAUUUCAAAUCUGCUUACAGAUUUGGAUGGCAACCUCUUUGCUUGCUGAUGGAUUGGCUGUUGCGGGACAAGCUAUUAUUGCAAGUGCAUUUGCGAGAAAUGAUUACAAAAGGGUUAUCGCAUCUGCCUCACGUGUGCUGCAGCUUGGCUUGAUUCUUGGGCUGGUGCUCUCUGUCCUUCUUUUAAGUCUACUACCAUUUGCUUCUAGGUUAUUUACUAAUGACAACAAUGUUCUGCAACUUAUCAGUAUUGGCAUUCCAUAUGUUGCUGCCACUCAACCCAUCAAUGCCCUGGCAUUUGUUUUCGAUGGAGUCAACUAUGGAGCUUCAGAUUUCACAUAUUCUGCAUACUCAAUGAUUAUGGUUGCAUUGGUGAGCAUAUUGAGUUUAUAUACGCUGUCCUCAAGCCUUGGCUUUACCGGUAUCUGGAUUGCGUUGUCGAUUUACAUGACUCUAAGGAUAUUUGCAGGCUUUUGGAGGAUUGGUACUGGAUCAGGGCCUUGGAGCUUCCUUAAGGUAAACAAUGUUGGGCUUUAGUAGUACCAGCCUAUUACUAACGACUGAGAGUUUUGGUAUUCUGAUUCUCAUGUGCACAACACAAGCUACAUUGAAGAGAAUCCUCCCAUCAUGGAAUACUAGUACUACUGCAAGUGAUUGCUCCCUUUGUGGGUAAGGGUUGCUCUAUUAAAAUGAUAGUUUUUUAUUUGAAAAAAGUGAUUCUUUUACUCGCAUAUACAUGUGUAAAUGUAUAUGAAAGACAAUGUUUGUACAGAGAUGAAAUUUUAUGUAAGAGCAAAAAUAUAUCUGCAUUUUUUUAUUGAAUAUAAAUGUUUUUGUUUUCAAUUAGAAGA